AUGCGUUUCUCUACUACCUUGCCGCUGGCGGCUUUCGUUACCCUUGCCAGAGCUCAUGGAGUUAUUCUCGCCGCUCAGGGAGAGUCUGGUUCGCCACCAUCAGUUGGAUUCGGAGUCAAUCCCGAAAUCGCCCGCAACUGCACCACCAUCAACCCUUGCCAGCUCGAUUCGACCAUCAUCCGCGAUGCGGAGAUCAAGGCGAACCUGGUCAACAACUGCGGCCGCACGCAGCUCGCCGGCAACAUCGACGUGGCCGAAAACACCGAGGCAGCGCUCUCCGACGGUUCCGUGACCCAAGUGAGGGCAGGCAGCAAGAUCACGGUGACGAUUCACCAGGUCAACGCCGAUGGCGCCGGCCCUUAUGUCUGCGACCUGGACGAGGCCUCCAACUCGGGUCUCAUCAGCCAGAACCUGACCGUCACCAACAAUGUGCCCGGAGCCAACGGCAUCUCGCAGAACAAGAUCCAGGAGUUCAACUUUACCGUGACGAUGCCGGAUAACUUUAAGUGCACUGGCGCCUCAACAGGCGACAUCUGCACCGUCCGGUGCCGCAACAACGCCGUCGCCGGUCCCUUUGGCGGCUGCUUCGCCGUCCAACAAGUCGACACCGAGCCGACCACCAACACGCCCGACUCGGUCGCCACAUUCAAGUCCAUCGACCAGAUCGAGGACGAGCGCAUGAUCAACGUGGCCACGCUACCCAUCGCCGUCGAAGCUAACCGCAAGGCCGGCUCCAGCGAAGCCCAACAGAACGCCGCCGCCGUCGACGCCAUCCUCAAGGCCGGUUUCGUGAGCAAGUCCGCCCCCGUGCUCACGCCGACCGUGGUACUCGGUGGUAACGGCGCCGUGGCUACCGGUACUGCUACCGGUGGAAACGCGGUGGCUACGGGUGGUGCUGGUGCUGGUAAUGGUACUGGCCGUAACAACGGUGGCAACAAUAACAACGCUGGAGCUGGCACCGCAGUGGCUUCCGCCCCAGCUGCCACGAACACCGCUCGUGUCCGCAAGGGAAAGAACAGGGGUACUCAGAACGGCGGCGGUCAGGACCAGACUCAGAACCAGCAGCAACAGCAGCAGAACGGUCAGAACCAGAACCAGAACCAGCAAAACCAGAACUAG